AUGGCCGACUCCGCCGAACCCCCCGCGUCAUUGCCGCCGCUGGAACCCACCCCGUUGGCGCGCCUGACCGCGACGCUCGACGACCUGCAGAGCAUGGAGGUGAACGUGGAGCCCUCGUCCGUCGCCGUGGUCGCCGUCGAGCGCUACCUGCGCGAUCUAAAGGUGCCGCAGGAGCACGGCGAGCACCAGCCUCCGCAGCCCAGCUUCGCCUACGACGUCACGGUGACGGACGGCGAGCGCCGGCUCAAGUGCUCGCUGGCGCUCCGGCUGAUCCACCUGGUGCACACGAACCGGCUGAAGGCGGGCUGCGAGCUGCUCGUCCUCCGCUACGACGUCGGCACGGCCGAGCGCUUGGUGGUCGGCGUCCGUUUCCCCGUCAUCGCCGACGCCGAGGUGACGGCGGAGCGCUCCCGCCUGCUGCCCCUGGGAGCAACGCGCGACUACUACCUGCCCCUGUGGAACAGCGAGGACUACCACGGGCAGCGGUGGGAGGAGGCGACGGCAGAGGACGUGCCGGUGCGGCCGGCGCGCCGUGCCACCGUCCGGAGCCUCGCGGAGGCCGCCGCGUCGGGCGCCAGGGGCCUCCCGCUCGUCGUGCGGCUGCUGCACAAGUCGCGGCUGCUGCACUUUGGCCGCGUGGACAGGCUGCGGCCGUGGCCCUACCGCGUCUACCUGGAGGUGUGCGACGGCACGGGCGUGGUGCCCGCCGUCCUGUGGAACGAGCUGUGCCCCGAGUGGUUCCGCUGCCUGCAGCCCGGCCAGGCGCUCGUUCUGGGCGACUACAUGCUGAAGGACGCCUUCGCGUGCCGCACCUGGCCUGACGUCUACGACCUGGGCCUGCCCGUGUUCAAGAAGUUCGAGAUCAACCUGAACUCGCGAAACCCGGCCGCCGACAUCCGGGUCGUGCACCCGCGCCGCGUGGACCCGGCCUGGCACCUGCCCGAGGGGCGCUACUGCUUCACCCGCCGCCGAGACCUCGGCUCGCUGCCGGCCGACCGCGCGUGCGACGUGGUCGGCCUGGUGUCGUUCGUGGGGCGCCAGGAGCGCAUCCGCAAGAAGGAGAACCCGUGGCGUGCGCGCGACGACUUCUGGGUGUGCCGCUGGGUGCACGCGGUGGACGCCAGCAGCGAGGAGCCCUUCGUGCUGCAGCUCUUCGCCACGUCGCAGCCCGACGUGCACGACCUCCUGCGGCCCGCCACGCUCGUCGUGUGCACGCAGAUGCGCGUCAGGCACGGCCUCGGCGGGCCCUACCUCACCACGUCCGUCGAGAGCCAGGUGUUCGUCUCGGGCCAGCACGCCGGCAAGCCGUACGCCGCCGAGCCCGCGGUGCUCGAGGUGGCGCAGUGGUGCUGCGGCAUCGCGGACGACGAUUUCUUGGCCCGCUCGGCGGUGGGCGGGUGCUACGUCUUCCCGCCGCUGCCCACGACGCUGGCGGAGUUCGCCGCGGGACGGCCGACGGCGCUCACCGUCACCCCGCUGGAGGAACUGCGCUCGGAGGUGGCCCGGCUGCACUACCGCGAGCAGAAGCGCCUGGUGGUUCAGGGCACCAUCGCGGAGGUGCGCUACGUGGAGCUGAGCGAGGGGGCGGGUGGGCAGGAGAACGGCGUGCACGACGCGUCGCCCUCGGCGUCUUUCUGGGGCGUGGAGGCGGCGGAGGAGGCGGCGGCGGCGGCGGCGGUGCAGCCAUCGCAAGCGGAGGAUGAGACGGAGGACGAGGACGACGUCCCGCUGACCUCCGCGCAGGUGGUCGAGUGGCGCAGCUACAACCUGCGCUCGAGGAAAACGGAGCCGCGGGCGGCCGUCGCCAGUCACGGCGCCGCGAAGAAGAAGCCGAGGCUCGACAACGUCGUGGGAAACCAUCGACAGCCCGGGCCGCCCGGCGCCCCGGUGAACGCGAACGAAGGGAGCGUCGCCAACUUGUUCGCGCCGUCGGCGGAGACUACGGCCGGUCCCGAGCGCGGGACGAUGCUGGCCGCGUCGCGAGAGAUCCUGCCGGCGCGGGGUCCCGCGGCGCGCGAGCCUAACUCCGCCAAGGCCCUGUGGGAGACCAACGAUUGGUCCGGUUCUCAGCUCGUCCUCGCCGACCACCUGCGCCUGGGCGAGCUGCCGGCCGAGGCCGUGAUGCGGCGCUACGACCACGAGCGGCGCGACGCUCAGCGCGAGCUCUGCAACCUGCAGCCGGCACGCCGCGCCAGCCUGCCCGCGGACGCCGCGCCCGACGCCGGAGCCUUCCGCCCGGCGUGCGAUCUCGUCGGCUACUUCGUGAUGACGCUGCUGGGGCUGGACCGCAAGGUGGCGCUGGACGUGCCGUUCGUGCCGGUGUGGGACCGCGGGGACCGCCGGGCCGCGUGCCCGUUGGCCGAGGAGCGUGCCGGGCUGCUGGAGAUUCUGGCGCACGGCAGCGUGCCGCCCGGGGUUUCGCCGCUGCAGGUCACCGAAUCGGCAUCGCCUCUCGCCGGCCGGAGGAUGCUGUUCGUGCUUGAGCAGUGCCGGCUUGGGGCCGAUUGCGUGGAGGUGACGCUGAACCGGGCGUACCCGGCGCCGGACGGGUGA